ACACAACUACACACUCUCUCACCACGGCACUCCACCAUGGACCAGUCAGUACAACCACCCCGAAAGAUCCUCCUCGUCGUGACAACAGGAGGAUUCACACACGCAGCCCCACUGUUAGAAAUCGGCAGAGUUCUGACAUCGCGCGGCCACACCAUCGAAUUCGCAACACUAGAGGGCCAGGAGAGCUGGGUACAGGGAAAGGAAGAAUAUGGUUUCAUUACCAAAGUAUAUCUCCUAGGCCCCGGCCCAACAGACAAACAACUAGAAGCGCACUACCGCCGUUCACAAGCAUGGGAUAUCUCCAAAGGACUAGGGCCGUCAAUGGAGUCCAAGUACAUGUUUGAUUCGUUCUGGCCGCAGACUUACCACGGUCUCAAGAGAAUGAUGGACAGUGCAGAGUCUAGGCCCAACAUGAUAAUUGCAGAUUUCUUCGUCGAUGCAGUCAAGGAUAUUCACGUCGAGUACCGGUUACCCAUCGCAGUCGUGUGGCCUAACAUGCCUUUCCUCAUGCUACCUUGCCCUUACAUCCCCGGCCAGCCGGGCUUCCAGCUCGAUGGCACGCUUACCUCUGAGACUGCGUCUAUGUGGCUACGCAUCAAAAACGAGUUGGUCGUGGUGAUGGGUCUGGGGGCUAUUCUGAAGUGGAUGAAUUGGACGAAGCGGAUGCGUCGGACGAACGGUGUUUAUAAGCCCCCGCAUCGUCUAGAGAAACCAGAUUAUUUGGUCCUGGUCAAUUCGUUCUUUGGGCUUGAGAUUCCGCGUGAUUUGCCGCCUACGUGUAUGCCGGUGGGGCCGCUUUUGAGCCCUGCGUUUACUCCAUUGGAUGAGGGUUAUGAGGCGUUUUUAAGUGGACAUCAGUCGGUUUUGUAUAUCUCGCUGGGAACGCAUAUCAUUGUGUCUAAUCAGGACGCUGUCAAGAUCAUCAAUGGAGUUGCGCGUCUUAUGCAGGAGCAGCUGAUCGACGGAGUCAUCUGGGCCAUUGGCAAGGACAGUCGGCAUGAUCUUGACACAAACCAGACCUCCGAUAUGAAAGACAGCACCAUCCAACUAAAUGAACUAAUCAACAAUAAACACCCUGACUGGUUAUUCCCCUUCUUCGCCCCCCAGCGCGCAAUUCUAGACCACGACUCUACCAAGCUCUACUUUACCCACGGCGGUGGCUCCAGCGCCAACGAAGCGCUCUAUCACGGAAAACCUUGCAUCUCCAUGGGCUUCUUCUUCGACCAGAUUGCGAAUACUACGCGACUUGUUGCUGCCGGUGUCGCGGAAUCCCUCAACAAGUUCCACUUUACAUCUGAUGAGCUGUACAUCAAAGCAAAACAGAUCCUCCAAUCCAAUGGCGAUGAGGAUGGACACUACAAGCGCAACGUCAUACGCAUGAAACGCAUCGCCCACGUUGCCGCGAAGCGUAAGGACUAUGCGGCUGACCUGGUGGAGGAACUCAUGUACGAUAACGAGUUGCGUUUUGAUGAUGACGGGAAAGAAUUGCGGCCGAUGCACCUGCAGACGGCUGAUAUGCGGAUGCCGGCGUAUAAGGCGAAUAAUUGGGAUUUGUAUGCGGUUAGUGCAAUGGGAGGGGUUGUUCUGGUGGGAUCGAUGUGGUUUGCAGGGAGGCUAGCGUGGAUGUCUCGUGGGAAUGUUGUGGAAGGGUUGAGGAGGAUUCUUUUGUAGUAGGGAUAUUUGAUAUCUGUGGACUGAACCAUAAGCACUCUUACUGUUGCUGUUGUCUUUGCUGUAGACGAUAGGCGGGGGUGUUCGUAAGGAGUAUGCCGGAUGACAUAUGAAAGUGAUAUAUUAGGGAGGAAGUAAAGGGAUUGAAUUAUAUAAAGAACUAGAAUACAGGAGGACAGAAUGGCCGUAUUUAUAGACCAUCUCAUAAAGAAAGACUAACGCCCGAUGGGUAGAGGUUGAAUGCAAGAAAAGAACGAUUACAGCCUUGGCAUACAAAUGGCUAUAUGCUGACAGUUGCAUCCUUAUUUAUAACGGCACAAUGUCGA